AUGUCAGAAGAGCCUACCACAGAAGCAAACAGCAAUUCACCCAAAAGACUCAAGCCUGGUCCAACAACAGGCAAAAAACCCAGUGCUGAAGUUCUUCAACGAAGAAAAGAAGGAAGAAUCAAGGCUGCCGCCACAAUCGCUCAAAAUCUUAAAAAGACAGGUAUAGGGCGAUUUGAAGCCGAGAAUGGAUUUGGAUUGACCAGUGUCAAGACCAUUCCUUUGAUCAAUCAAAAGAAUUACUUUACGGAAUAUUUGAAGAAGGAUGAACAAGUUUCCUUCAUUCGUAACUGGAGAAGCGAACGUGCUGCCCAACAAAAGUUGAAGAAGAUGAAAGAACAAGGUAAUAUUGAGACUGAGGGAGAUUCUAAGGAUUUGAAAACUUUUGAUAAUUUCGAUUUGAAUGCUAUAGAAGCUGAAAUGAGAAGAGAUAAACUGAAUGCUUCAAAAGUACAAGAAGAAGCGGACGAAGAAGAAGAAGAAGACGAUGAGAAUGAAACCGAAGAAGUGAGACAGGAAAAGGCCAAGAUUGGUGAAGAUGUUAUUAUCUUACAGCCAGGAAGUGCUUUUAUCCGUAUUGGCCGUGCCAUUGAUGCUGUCCCUGAAACUAUACCCUCAGUAAUUGCCGUGAAAACAAAUUCGUCAGUGGUGGUCAACGGUGUUUCAGAAAGUUCCAAGAAACCAAUACCUAUACGAUUUGAGAAUGAAGAUGGUGAAGUUUAUUUUGACGAAGAAUUUGAUCAACAACGUGCAAUAGUGACUAAAGAUUUCCGCGCUCGUAUGCGUUAUUACAAAAGAAGAGUGCUUCCCAAUUCUCGAGAAACAGCUGCUAAUUUCAAUAAAAAACAAGAACCAGAACUAAUCCCUGAUCACAAUGAUCCUAAUAGAAAAGAAUGGGUCGAUGUCAAGCACACAAACAAGACGUUCUAUAUUGGAGAAGAAGCAUUGGCUGUACCUAUUAAUCUGGAGUGGAAAUUGCGAUAUCCUUUAGUCAACGGUAAUUUUAAUGAAUAUUCACGUGAUUAUAACUCCCCUGAAGAAAUCUUAGGUGAUUUAAGUAAUAUCAUCACUGAAACAUUGAUUAGUAAGUUACAAAUCACAAAAUUUGAAAAUUUCAAGUGUAUGUUGGUUAUUCCUGAUUUAUAUGAUAAAUCUUAUGUUGAAACUUGGUGUCAUUUACUUUUCAAAUUUGUUGGAUUUGGUCGUGUUGGUAUAAUUCAAGAAGCUGUUGCCGCUACCUUUGGUGCUGGUGCUUCAACAGCUUGUGUUGUCGAUGUUGGUGCACAAACCACCACCAUCAAUUGUGUUGACGAAGGUAUGGUUAUUACUAAUUCAAGCAUCCUGUUAAACUACGGAGGUGAUCAUAUCACAGAGACAUUUAUUAAAUUACUUCUUGAAAACGCGUUCCCUUAUAAGGAUAUUGAUUUGGGUACUAGUUACGAUUGGGAACUUGCUCAAUAUCUUAAACAUAACUUUGCUACGUUUCAAGAUGCCGAUAUUGCCGUGCAAUUAUACAGUUUCUAUAAACGGAAACCCCAUGAAACUACUGAAAAGUAUGAUUUUAAGGUAUUUGAUGAAGUAAUGCUUGCACCAAUGGCGCUUUUCUUUCCUCAAUUAUUCCAAAUUGAAAAGGAAACCCCUGCCAUUCCAAGUUUAUCUACUCUGACCCAACCUAGAAAUUCAAGAAUCAAGGGUAGGUUAUUCAAACCAUCGUUAGACCAAUACACUAACAAGCCUAAUAACACCAAGAGUAAAUCUCAGGAAUUAUUACGUACGCAAUUGAACUUCUGUGAUUUGAAUGAAGAUGACCUUUUAACGCGAUUAAUUGAGGAUGAGGACACUACUUUUGCGAAUGGCAAGGAGGAAGAUAACAUCUACCAUGUUCCGUUGGAAAAAGCUAUUGUUGAAUCAAUCACCAAUGCCGGAUUGGCCACUGACUUGUCAAAACUUAAGAAGUUGUAUGAUAAUAUCUUGGUUGUUGGAGGUGGAUUGGCAAAGAUAAGUGGGUAUGAUCUUAUGUUAACUGAUCGGAUAAAUAUCUGGCGUCCAAAAAUUCUUUCCACUAGUUCCAUUGAUUCCAUUAUCGCUUAUGUAUCUCAAGAAAUUAAGAGUAAUAAUGAGAUGAGACAGGGGUUGAUUGACGAAGCCAAGGCCAAGAUUCACAAGGAACAAAAUAAAGAAACUUCUGUGGAUGAUGUGGAAUUGCCUCAAGAUGUCAUGGAUGAUAUUGAAGUUCAAGCACAGUUUAAAUUGGAUUGGGAGUAUAUCGACAGUUUGAGCGAGCAAGGUACGUUAAUGCCAGUGAAUGUUUUGCCCCCACCACGAGAAUUUGAUCCGGAAAUGUUGACGUGGAAAGGUGGUAGUGUUUAUGGAAGAUUAAAGGUUGUUAAUGAAAUGUGGAUUACUCAAAAGGAUUGGGAUUUGUUAGAAAGCAGAUGUUUGUAUUACAAGAGUAUUUUCAAUUAUUAG